CUGAUCCCGCCGCCCUGUAGGGCCUCAUGUUAUGUACGCCGCGCUUCGCAUGGCAUGCCAUGGUCACAAUUUGCUAUGAUUUGUCCUGAGCCCAUCGUUCAAAGAGCGGGCAAGCUGUCAAGACGACUUGAAAUUCAUCUUUUCGCUCAUUUCCCCGCCGUGAUCGCCCACCCUUUCUCCUUCUCCCCUCCCUUUUCGACUCGUCAUCGUUGUACAUACUGCACCACCCGUCCGCCGCGUAGGCCUCUCAUCGCUGGGUCUACCUCACGAUUCGACCCAGCCCCUCCUACGCGCACUUUUUCCACGGAUUGGCAGUUGCAUCGAGUCUGGGUACGAUCGGAAGAGGAUCGCGAGAGCAGAGCAGUGGGAAAUCGGUUGUAGUAACAGUGUGCUGUGACGGCUUGACGUAGGGGUAGUUGGAUGGCGGAUUCGGAUAAUCCGUGCCCCGCUUGGAAUGAUUCCUGGGCGCUCAACAUCAAGUUGUGGAUAUAUCAGAUUUUUUGUGAGACUUUGUUCUACGGCUUGUUCGCAGCUGUGUUUUUCCUCUCCUCGACGAUUCUCCUCCAACAGUCCCUCCGCAACUCACACGCUCGGCUGGCCCUCUUCCUAUGUACCCUCAUCAUGUUCCUCGUCUCCACCGUCCAUCUCAUUCUGCACAUCGUCCAAUACAUCGUCCAGGUCCCCUACAUUUGCAACGUCGACGGCUUGCCUUCAGACGUCCAAGAGAUAUGGAACGCGACCUAUGCCGGCUUGGCGUUGUUGGAGAGAUUGCAAUAUUUGAUAAGCGAUGCUAUCGUUGUGUGGCGAGCGGUGGUCAUUUGGCCGAGGAACUGGUGGGUUAUUGGGGGCAUGAGCUUCUGUUUGUUCGUCACAGCCGUGACCUCGAUAUACCUCGCUGUUCUCAACGUCCUGACCGUAACGAUCCCACAUGAGUAUCCUACAGUCGAGAAGAAUAUGCUCGGUACUUUCCCCCUCAUGUUCACCAACGCGAUCGCGACCAUCCUUAUUGCGUACAAGACUUGGAUAUAUCGACGGACGGUUGGCAGGUAUCUCGAUUCCGGGAGCAGCAGGACAAGGGUCGAGGGUGUACUCAUACUCCUCGUCGAGUCUGGGCUGUUCUAUUUUGUAUACUGGAUCUUCAUCGCGUGCAGCGAUUACAGUCUCUUCGGCCAAUUCGAGUUUGAGUGGUUCCAGCCCAACAUCUCGGGCAUCUAUCCAACACUGAUUGUUAUCGCCGUAUCCCUCAGAAAGUCCGCCCCAGACAUCAUCUACCCCCUCUCCCAGGCUCCUAGCGGAACAAAUGCCCACGCUAUCUCGCAUUCCCUUCAAUUCAAUGCUUUCCCUGUCCUAUCCACCUCCGCCGACGUCGAUCCGGACGUGGAUGAUGACUUUGGGACGUCGGGGUCGUCGUCGAAGGCGAGAGAUAGGGACAGGGAUUAUGGCAUUGGGACGGAAUAUACCAGUUCUUCUGGACGGUCCAGGAGGUCUGGGUCUGCGAAGUCGAGAUCGCGGUCGAAGGUGGAAAGAAUGGGAUUUGGGGCCGGUUCGACACAUAAUACUGGGAUUGGCGGACCGGGCGCUGGGAGAGGAUUGAAAGGGUCGUUUGGGAGUAAGAUGGAUGAUCACCUGCGGCAUCAUCCGUUUGGGCUUUACGAGGACGAUGAGGCCGGGUUGGAGUUAGAGGAGAGGGAGAGGAGUAAGACGAGUCUUCGCCACGUGAAUGAGGCGGACCUGGGAGCUGAGAUCGAGACAGAGACGGCGAGUGCGACUGCUGUGGGAGAGGGAGAGGGAAGUCGAGGCGCGGUUGAUGGUAAGGGUAUGUUUGGGUCGAAAGGUGGAAUUGACUCGAAGGACGGGUUUGAGAUUGGGUCCGGCGGUGCUCUCGGUUUGGAUCUAGGUCCGAGGAUAGAGGCUUCGACGGGCGCUGGGACGGACAUAGGAUCAGAGCUCAGAGAGGAGUGGGAGAGGGAUUCUGUUUCGUUCAGUGUCGAGAGCACGGGUCCAGGUUGAGAGAAGGUAUCGAUUUCAUUUUUGCUGCCCUCCUUUCCUUUUUCUUCCUUGGGGAUGGACUGUAGGAUUUAUCCGAUCAAGUCUGAGUUGCUGUGUACGCUUAUGAUUAUAUAUUCAAAGGCAGCUCGGUCAAGCCGCAAGUGCGAGCAGUGCAAUCCACUCAUGCACUCGAGUUUCCACAUAUCCUAUCCUACUAUCUCCGAACUCCGUCUGUUUUCGUUAGUCCUUCGUCGUUUUCUCGUUUGCAUUUGAAUCGCUAGCUAUCUCCGUCGAUCUCCCUUACUCUUCGCUCGUUUCGCCAUCUCCUCAAAAAAUAUACUACUAUAGGGCCUGUGCUUCUUUGUGUUUCGAGACCCCACCUUGGAUGGUGAGCUAUUAUGUGAUUUUGACGCCUUGUACGCUACUUGCUACCUAGCAGACGCCCUCUUUGACGAGAAAUGUGUUAUACCCUUGUUUGAC